UUGGUCGCAUUAUGUUUCAGCUCUUCUCAGACAUAUGUCCAAAAACAUGCAAAAACUUCCUUUGCCUAUGCUCAGGGGAGAAAGGUCUUGGAAAAACAACUGGGAAGAAAUUAUGUUAUAAAGGUUCUACGUUCCAUCGUGUGGUUAAAAAUUUUAUGAUUCAGGGUGGGGACUUCAGUGAAGGUAAUGGAAAAGGUGGAGAAUCAAUUUAUGGUGGAUAUUUUAAAGAUGAAAACUUUAUUCUCAAACAUGACAGAGCGUUCCUUUUGUCAAUGGCAAAUCGAGGGAAACAUACCAAUGGUUCCCAGUUUUUCAUUACCACAAAACCUGCCCCACACCUGGAUGGGGUGCACGUUGUCUUUGGACUCGUUAUUUCCGGUUUUGAAGUAAUCGAACAAAUUGAAAAUCUGAAAACUGAUGCUGCAAGCAGACCUUACGCGGAUGUGCGAGUUAUUGACUGUGGGGUCCUUGCCACAAAGUCAACAAAAGAUGUUCUUGAGAGAAAAAGGAAGAAACCAACUCAUUCAGAAGACUCGGAUUCUUCUUCCAACUCUUCUUCCUCUUCAGAAUCAUCUUCAGAAAGCGAAAUUGAACUUGAGCGAAGCAGAAGAAGGAAACAUAAGAGGAGAGCGAAAAUUAAACAUUCUAAAAAGAGACGAAAGGAAGCAAGCAGUUCAGAAGAGCCAAGGAAUAAACGUAUCAGCCCAAAAGGUCACUCUGAGAGGAGUGAUACUAAGGAGAAAAGAUCAGUGGACUCAAAUGCAAAACGAGAAAAGCCUGUGGUCCGCCCAGAAGAGAUUCCUCCGGUGCCUGAGAACCGAUUUCUGCUGAGAAGAGAUAUGCCGGUCGUUGCCGUGGAACCUGAGCCGAAGAUUCCUGAUGUUACUCCCAUUGUAAGUGACCAGAAACCAUCUGUAUCAAAGUCUGGACGGAAGAUUAAAGGAAGGGGCACAAUUCGCUAUCACACACCUCCAAGGUCAAGGUCUUGUUCUGAGUCAGAUGAUGACGACAGCAGUGAAACUCCUCCUCACUGGAAAGAGGAAAUGCAGAGAUUAAGAGCAUACCGACCACCUAGUGGAGAGAAAUGGAGUAAAGGAGAUAAGUUAAGUGACCCUUGUUCAAGCCGAUGGGAUGAAAGAAGCUUGUCUCAGAGGUCCAGAUCGUGGUCCUAUAAUGGAUACUAUUCAGACCUUAGUACAGCAAGGCACUCUGAUGGGCAUCAUAAAAAACGCAGAAAAGAGAAAAAAGUUAAGCAUAAAAAGAAAACUAAAAAGCAAAAACAUUGCAGAAAACACAGACAGACUAAGAAGAGAAAGAUAGUUGUACUAUCUGAUAUAGAGUCCUCAAAAUCUUCCACUCAACCAGUGAAAUCCUCUUGUGACAGAGAAAGGAGAUCUCAUUCUUCCUCAUUAUCCUCUCAUCACUCAUCAAAGAGGGACUGGUCUAAAUCUGAUAAGGACGACCAGAGCUCCUCAACCCAUUCCAGCAGGGACUCAGACAGAUCAAAAUCUCACUCACGGUCUUACUCUAGAGGAAGCUCACGAUCAAGAACUGCGUCAAAGUCCUCAUCACAGUCUCCAAGUAGAUCAAAGUCCAGAUCUAGUUCCAAGUCAGCACACCAAAGGACGGCGUCGAAAUCCCCAAGAAGAACAGCUCCUCAGUUAAGUGAAAGUAAACCAGUUAAAGCAGAGCCUUUAAGAGCAGCAGUGCCACAAAGUGAAAACAUAGUCGUGCAGCCGGUGGUGGCAGAGAAUAUUCCGGUAAUACCGUUAAGCGACAGUCCCCCUCCAUCACGGUGGAAGCCUGGACAGAAGCCUUGGAAGCCCUCUUAUGAAAGAAUUCAGGAAAUAAAAGCUAAAACAACCAAUUUUCUGCCUAUCCAAAGCACUUACAGUUUAGCAAAUACUAAAGAGACUGGUAGUUCGUCAUCCUACCGUAAAAGAGAAAAACAUGCAGACAGCGAUAGAAGUGCUUAUUCAAAAUACAGUGACAGAAGUUCUGAAAGUUCUCCCAGGUCCAGGAGCAGGUCUUCUAGGAGUAGGUCCUAUUCCAGGUCGUACACAAGGUCACGUAGUCUAGCUAGUUCACACACACGGUCUCGAUCUCCAUCAUCUCGCUCCCACUCACGAAGCAAAUACAGUGAUCGUUCACAGAGUAGUCGAUCAUCUUCGUACACCUCUGUUAGCAGUGAUGACGGCAGGCGAGCCAGGAGGAAGUUUAGAUCCAGAGGGAAGAAAAAGAACACUUCCCAGAAGAGGCACAACAGCAGCUCUGAAAAGACACUUCGUAAUAAACACAUCAAAGGCAGAGACAAGCCUUCCUGUCAGAGAAAGUACAGUGAGAGCAGGUCAUCUUUAGAUUAUUCUUCAGACAGUGGACAGUCUAGUGUCCAGGUUACACAGUCAGCCCAGGAAAAAGAGAAGCAGGUUCCAAAGGAAGUAACCAGUAAGAAACAAGAGAAAAACAGAGAAAAAGACAAAUCCAAAUCUGAACGGGAAUGUCCUCAUUCAAAAAAAAAAACUUUGAAAGAGAAUCUUUCUGAUCACUUCAGAAAUGGCAAUAAGCCUAAACGGAAGAAUUAUGCUGGGAGUAAAUGGGACUCUGAGUCAAAUUCAGAACGAGAUGCAACUAAAAACAGUAAAAAUGAUUCCCGGCUGUCUUCCGAUAAGGAAGAAGGUGAGGCCACGUCAGACUCUGAAUCAGAGGUUAGUGAAGUUCACACGAAAGCCAAAUCUGCAACUAAAUACUCUGCAAAUCCUUCACUGCCUGAUGACGAGGGUGCUUGGAAGUCGAGCAAACAGCAGUCGUCAACCUCUGAUUCCGAGGGGUCUUGUUCUGUGUCAGAAAACAAUAGAGGAAAGCCACGGAAGCACAAACGUGGGUCAAAGGAAACCCUUAAGCGGGAACACACCAAGAAAGUGAAAGAGAAGUCGAAAGGGACAAAGGACAAAAAGCACAAGGCUCCGAAACGAAGACAAGCAUUUCACUGGCAGCCUCCGCUAGAGUUUGGUGAAGAGGAGGAGGAAGAGAUGAACGAAAAGCAAGCAAAUCAAGAGUCAAAACAGAAAAAAGUUUCCGAAAGCAGUGACACCGUCAGAGGUGGUGUUGCGAGAACGGAGAAACCUUGUGAGGAGGAUGGCCCUUCAGGUCAGCAUAACACAGUGACUGUUUCUUCGGACCUUGACCAACUUACUAACGAUGAGAGCAAACCCACCAUUUCUCCCACAGCUUUAAACACCGAGGACGGUGCAGCUGGUGCCCCCCAAAACGUUCCUCACAUUGAAGAGAGCCGAGUGGAGGAUGUGCUUCAAGCAGAUGACAACAUGGAAAUUUGUACUCCGGAUAGGAGCUCUCCAACAAAGGUAGAGGAGGCUUCCCCUCCAGGAAACUCAAGGCUUGACACCUCAGAUGUAAGCACUGUGCUCAAACAGGAUGUGGAAAUGGAACUUCCGGAACCAGAGGCAGUAAAGCAGGAAAGCGGAGUGUCGGAAAGCAAGUCCACAGGGGACGUGGGGAAGCACGACAGCAGUUCUGCUAGCUUGAGCGGUGCCGUAGAAAGCACCGGGAAGAGGGAGGUGGCUGACAAGAGCCAGACCAACCUCACAGAUAAUAAGUGGAAGCCCCUGCAGGGUGUGGGGAACCUGGCGGUACCUGCUGCUUCCACACCCAGUGCUGUGGAAGCUAAGCCACUGACCGCUGUCCCGGAAGUGAAACCACAAGGCUUGAGAAUAGAAAUCAAGAGCAAGAAUAAAGUCCGGCCUGGGUCUCUCUUUGAUGAAGUAAGAAAGACGGCACGCUUAAACCGGAGGCCACGGAAUCAGGAGAGUUCCAGUGAUGAGCAGACACCUAGUCGGGAUGAGGACAGCCAGUCCAGAAGUCCAAGUAGGUCUCGGAGUAAAUCCGAAACCAAGUCAAGGCACAGAACAAGGUCUGUCUCCUAUAGUCACUCAAGAAGUCGGUCGAGAAGUUCCACGUCGUCUUACCGAUCAAGAAGCUACUCUAGAAGUCGGAGCAGAGGGUGGUAUAGCAGAGGCCGAACCAGAAGCCGGAGCAGCUCUUACCGCAGUUACAAGAGUCACAGGACAUCCAGCAGGAGCAGAUCCAGGAGCAGCUCGUAUGAUCCUCACAGUCGAUCCAGCAGGUCCUACACUUACGACAGCUACUAUAGCCGGAGUCGGAGUCGGAGUCGAAGCCAGAGGAGUGACAGCUACCAUCGAGGCAGAAGUUACAAUAGGCGGUCCAGGAGUUGUAGAUCUUACGGCUCUGACAGUGAAAGUGACCGAAGUUACUCUCAUCACCGGAGCCCCAGUGAAAGCAGCAGAUAUAGUUGAAAACAUCCUUUUUUGAUAUGAAUUAUAUCUUAUUUGUAAAUAUCUGGUAACUUAAAAGUUUAAGAUACUCAAUGGCAGUCUCUUGUUCUAUUUCAAUAUUAGAGAUUAGUUUUAGAUACUUCUUAAUUGUUCAUUUACUUGUGUGCAGAAGAAUUUAAAAUACAGAAAUGUCUCCUAAGAAUAUUUUUAUGCCACAUUUUACAGUAGCCAACUAUUGAUAUGAAUUUCAUUUUCUUGAAUCAAGAAAUUGUGAAAUUGAUCUAAGUAUGAUUUGCAAUAUUAGUUUAGGUAGACGAUUUCUCUCCAUCUCAUGUAUUUCUUAGAAUACAGAUUCUUUUUGCCCAUUUUUCAGGUUUUAGCCUAUAUGCUGCCAAGCAUAGAACUGUGAAGGAAAACUGUUAAAAGGUGGCCAAAUAUUUAUACACCAAUUACAGAAUCUUGUACAUACGUGCUCUUGAAACACACCACCCAGAAUUGAUGCCGAUGGUAGCCAGGAGCAUAAGGCAGUGGCUCUGGGGUUCUUAAUUCCUCCCUCCCUUCUUGCUGUCUCAGAGGGUCAGGGAAGUGAUUAUCAUAUCACCCACAGUCUGCAUCACUUCAGGCUGGAGGGGGAGGGUAAGGGUAAAUCAGCCUUAAUUAUAAAUACCUGCACUGUCUCUAAGGACUUACAUUUUGUGUGCUUUUUAAUAAAUACUAUCAGAAGUUUAGAUUAUAAAAAACAAUUCUAUUCCAGUUCAUGCUUUGGUGCUUGAACCCAUACCCUUGGGUGCCUCUCAGCAUUAUUCUGAUAUACCAAACAUUAGAAUACAAUAAAAGAGGGAGAGGGAAGAAUUCUGUUGUUGUUCACUGGCACCAAAAAUAGUUUAUUCUGAGUUGUCUCCACUUGAAUAUUCCAGAGGCUUCUCUCAAGUACAGGUGUGGGUUUGGGGUCCCCUGGAGCAGGCAGGGUUGGCAGUGGGGCGAGGGGAAGAGCUGUGGCCACACUACUGCAUGUAUGUGUUCCUGGAAGAGGGGAUUGAAGAAGGAACUUCCAAAAUAAUGCCAAAAUCUAACUGCCACCUUCCUGGAGACACUUUGCAGGGUUUUACCCUGAAGUCUUUCAGGUAAGGGAUACACCAGUCCUCAGCCGACCUGUGUAAAGCAGUGUGUCCCUCCUGUCUCUGCUGUGGGCCACACUGACUCUGGGGAGCCUCCAUGGCCUUUGGAGAGAGGGGGGACACUGCAUCCAUGGCGUUGGCUGGUUGCUCCAAAAGUAAUUUGACUUGUGCAAACUAGUGGUGGUGGUGUUUCAGUCUUCAGUUUGAGUUUUUUUCCCCCAAGUGUACUUAAUCACCUUAGUGCCAGUUCAGUCCGGUUUGCAGAAGAGAUUCAUAUUGGAUGUUGGAUGCAGAACGCUGUGCUCUCCCACCCAGGUCUUGCCUGGUGUAUUUGGGAAGUGAGAAGGAGCCCUCAGGUGUAGGGACAACCCCUGAUGGACGGAGGGGUGACCAUGGGUGCAUUGGAACUGUGACCCGAAGAACAUAUGUAGGCAGGGUUAGAUGGUCAGCUGUUGGCCAAGUCAGUAGACAACCGUGAGAAAACAGGACUUGGAUCAAAUACUGCUUGAUAGUGAGUACAAAACAGUGUUUCAUACUAAGAGUUUUCAGAAGUUACCUGCAAAGGAAAAUACUGUUUUAAUACUACUCAGUGGGGAAAAAAAUGCAUUCAGAACCCAGACAGAAACUGCCAAAUGAAGAACAGUAGAUGAGAAGGUGCCCCUGGGCAGGAUACUAGUUCCUGUUUCAGCGUAUUCGUUUUCUGUUGCUGUGACAAGCUUCCCCAAAAUUCGCAGCUUAGAACAGCGCACGCUCCUUAGCUCACAGUGCUGGAGUUGGUGGAUCCGGACAGCGUGGCUGGACUCUCCGCCCAGGCUCUCAGCUGAACGGGGGCCGGCAGGGAAGCAGUCCUCCGUGUGGGCCCUGGGGAAGACUGCUUCCAGCUCAAUCAGGCCGUUGGCAGAAUUCAGCUCAAGGCUGCCCACAUUCCUCCUUGUGUGGUCCCCUCCAUCUUCUGACUGGAAGGGCCCUCAGAGCCCUUUUUCUCAUGCUGUAAGUCUCUGCCUUCUUCCUCUGACUUAAGGGACAAUGUGAUUAGAUCCAGCCCACCAAGAUCAUCUGUUUUCAGGUCAUUUGUGCCAUAGAACACACACGGUCAUGGAGUGAUAUCUCAUGCCAUGUUCACAGGCUCGAGAGAUUAUCACAUGGAGGAGGGGGCCGUGUGAGAAUUGUGCCUACCACAGGCAUAGCUUUGCCCAUCUCGCUGUGGGUGGGAUUCCAUCCUGGAAGGCUGGCCUUAGGAGCCCCAUUCGUCUCCUCUGGAAAAAGCCCUCGCUGCAGCGAUCAACGUAGCGCUCACUCAAGUGAACUGCAGAGACAGCUUUUCUUCCUAAAGGGGAUUGUUCUGAAAUUUGAAGUUAUUUUUUAAUAAAACUGAAUUAUGUUGUGUAUUGCGCUUAAUAGAAAAUGCAUUAUUGGACAGUUUUUGUACCCUCCUGUUUACUGCAAAUGAAAUAGCUGGUAUUUCGUUCAAACACUGUAGAAAACCCUUUGUACAUAUGACAGUGUCGAAUUUGUACACACUUCAAUUAAAUCUGCCCAAAACUCGAAAGGGGGACCUUGUAGAAAUUAAAACGUAUACUUAAA